UAAGCAUGCAGAGCAUGACUAUAAGUAGUGUAAGCUGGGUUUGGUCGUUUGUUCCUGCUGAAAAUCAGAAUUGUUCGUUGUGGACCUUUUCGUAGCUGCUGUUCCCUGAGGUAUUCGCUUCCGUGCUAGCCGCAGACUCGUUCCUUUCCUUGUCCUCUAGCUAUCCAUAGCAAAUAGUCAUGGCGAAAGAUGAGCGGCUUCAAAAAUGCGCGGGUGGCCUCCGUACUGUUUUGGAUCCUGACAUCAUUCUCGACGAAUUGCUGGUAAAGAAGGUCAUUACAAAGGGGGAACACGAUGAAGUGAGCACAAUCGCAUAUCGCCAAGGGAAAAUAGAAGGCAAUCGGUGCUUGCUACGGCAUAUGAUGAUCGGUAAAAGCAAACGACAAAUCGACGGGUUCCUCGAUGUUACCGUGCGCCUUCAAAGAUCAGCGGUGAGGCAGAUUUUCAACAGCAAACUGGGAUUGAAUAUUCCUGCUCAUAUUGACGACGCUGAAAUGGACGACGCAGAUGAGAAGCAAGCUGGUGCUCCCGUUUCUAAUGAACGUCAGUCAAGCUCAGUGAGUCCUGGAGCGCAUGGCUUGGGGGACAGAACUUCGACUGAAGGUCCACGAGUUACUUUGGACUCACAAAUCGCCAGUCGUAUGGCCGUACCAGUUCAAGAGAGCAAUCGAGAUAUUGACGUUCGAUCGACCAGGGAUGAUCCUGUAGGUGCCGAAGUAUCACGACAGCCAGCAUAUAGUGAUGUGGACAUUGAGCUGGCACUGAGUGAUGGCCGUGAUGUCACCGACGACAUGAUUGUAGAUGUUGCCACUCGCCUGCAGACGCCAGAGAAGAUAAACCGCGUGGGUGUCAAGCUGGGAUACAAGAAGCAUGAGAUUGACCUGUUCGUGACGAGCUACAGAGAAGAGCCGCACACGAUGGCUGUUGAGAUGCUAAAGGAGUGGCGGGCAGGGAAAGGAAAGAAGCGACCCCCUCGCACCAUUCAGACUCUGGCCAAGGCGCUGAAAGAUGCGGGACAUCCAGACAUUGCUGCAGAGCUGCGUCACCUGGGCUCCCCUAGUCAGCUACCGGAGAAUUAUUGUGAUUCGCGGCCGCUGAGCGAUUCAUUGUGUUCUGACAUCUCUCUGGAGCUCGUCAACAGUCAGCGUUUCUUGCAGUUAGCUAGAGCGUUAGGCUUUACUUUAGUGGAGGCCGAAGCUGUUCAGCAUCGAAAAGUGAGCCAGAAUGAAUACUUAACUUAUCUGGAGCUGUUGACAGAAUGGAAGCGUGGAUCGGGCAACAAGAGAGAGCGUACUGUUGGAGUGCUGUGUGCUGCCCUGGAACAAGUCAAAAUGUCCACCCUGGCCAAGAAGCUUCCCAGGAUGUGUGACAGUGAUGCCGCUGGCUUGGAUGAUGAUGAUUCUGACUCGGACUGAAGGCUGCUGCUGCUGCUGGCACCGCUACUCCAGGCUUACUUUGAGCAUGCACGCCAUGCUAGUGUGCUGUUGAGUAUGCGCGCGUGUGUGUGUGUGUGUGUGUGUGUGUGUGUGUGUGUGUGUGUGUGUGUGUGUGUGUGUGUGUGUGUGUGUGUGUGUGCAGUCAGUGCAACGGGCCAUGAUUAGCCGAAACAGCAGUGCUUGGUUGCCUCUACUGUUGCAGUGUCGAAGUCAUGUCACGUCGUCAUGGUUGUACUACGCUGCACAGUGUUGGCAUUCCCAUCUCACCACCGUGCCCAACCUGCUGGUACAUCUGUCUUAGUAAUAUGGCUAAUGCCGUUAGCCUGUACUGGUAUUUCCAUCCCAUCUUCAGCGGCCGAGCAAGUCGCACAAGCGGAAGUGAGGCGUCGUGCAAACCCAACAUGAUGAGUAUGACCUGUGUUUGUUGUUGUUGUUGUUGUUGUUGUUGUUGUUGUUGUUGUUGUUGUCUCUGUGUCCUACAUGCUGUCUGUCAGUGCUAAGCAGUGUGGCUGGCAGCUGGCUUGAAAGCCAUGCUCUGCUGGUGCUGCUGCUGCUAGUCCCAGCCUUUCCAGCACAUCCUGUUGUUCACCAGCCAGGUAGCCAUCCAAGCUCUGCACACUAUCUGCCAUUAUGGUGUGUAUGUGUCUGUGUUAGUGCACUCGCUCACUGGCACUGGAUGUCUAGUCUCUUGUUCUUGCCUUCCGCUAUCCGCCUGGCCUCCUGUUUCUGGCGUCGCACAAGGUGAUGACUUUUCCAGCAACAGCAACGACAGUAGACUACGGCAAUUCUCCCUCACAGUCGAUCCUGGUUUUGCAUCUGAUGUUGCUCACCAGCCGCUUGAACCUUGCAAGUUGCCCUGUGCACGAUUCACCCCAGCGCCACUUGUGUAUUUUGACUUUGACGCGCGAGCCCUGUCUGUGCGUCUACUGCUUUUUAAACUAUUUUUGACUCUCCUAUCUCUUCAGACAUCCGUGUACUUUGUAUCAUUGUAUGGUGGGCUCAGGUGUAUUGUCUUUGUGAAAACGUUUUCCUUGUUCCGCCCUAUUGUUUUUUUUGUCCUGGUAGCUAGCUCUUGUCUAGCUGUUGUCUCCUGCUUGCUGUCAAUUAGAUGGCAUCAUGCGUCGGGACAUUCCCGGACUGUCAUGCUGCUGCUGGUGACACUCAUUGUUGCUCUUCUUGAUCAGUUCUAGUCCAUUGAGAAAGAGUGAUGUUUGCCAGUACUGCGUUUUUUUUUUGUAGUACAUGUGUAUGUGAAAAAUGAGAUUCGUUCCGACUGUAA